GCCCUGGCCGGGGCCCUGCUGGCGCCCCAUGCGGCCCGAGGGGUGAAUUUAUGGGACCAGAGAGGAGCUUAUGAAGUGGCCAGAGCCUCCCUUCUGAGCAAGGACCCUGGGAUCCCAGGACAGAGCUUCCCAGCAAAGGAUCAUCCAGAUGUGCUGACUGUGCAGCUGCAGCUGGAGAGCCGAGAACUGAUCCUAAGCCUGGAAAGGAACGAGGGACUCAUUGCCAAUGGCUUCAUGGAGACGCAUUAUCUGCAAGAUGGCACUGACGUCUCCUCCACUCGAAACUACACGGAUCACUGUUACUACCACGGACACGUGCAAGGAGAUGCUGCCUCAAUGGUCAGCCUCAGCACUUGCUCAGGUCUCAGGGGACUUAUCGUGUUUGAAAACAAGACCUACAUCUUAGAGCCAAUGAAGAACACCACCGACAGAUACCAACUCGUCCCAGCUGAGAGCCUGAAGAGCAUCCCGGGCUUGUGUGGGUCACAUCAUAACCAUUCCAGCCUCACCAUGGAAACUGUCUCCCCUGAACCCUCUCAAAUGUGGUCAAGAAGGCACAAAAGAGAGACCCUUAAAAUGACCAAGUACGUGGAGUUGGUUAUUGUGGCAGACAACCGAGAGUUUCAGAGGCAAGGAAAAGAUCUGGAGAAAGUGAAGCAGCGGUUAAUAGAAAUCGCUAAUCACGUUGACAAGUUUUACAGACCCCUGAACAUCAGGAUCGUGCUGGUCGGGGUGGAAGUAUGGAAUGACAUCGACAAGUGCUCUAUAAGCCAGGACCCAUUCACCAGCCUCCACGAAUUUCUGGACUGGAGGAAGAUAAAGCUUCUACCUCGCAAAUCCCAUGACAACGCCCAGCUUAUCAGUGGGGUUUAUUUCCAAGGAACCACCAUCGGCAUGGCACCCAUCAUGAGCAUGUGCACCGCAGAGCAGUCCGGGGGAGUUGUCAUGGACCAUUCAGACAGCCCCCUUGGCGCUGCCGUGACCUUGGCACAUGAGCUGGGCCACAAUUUCGGAAUGAACCAUGACACACUGGAGAGGGGCUGUAGCUGCAGAAUGGCGGCAGACAAAGGAGGCUGCAUCAUGAACCCUUCCACCGGGUUCCCGUUCCCCAUGGUGUUCAGCAGCUGCAGCAGGAAGGACCUGGAGGCUAGCCUGGAGAAGGGGAUGGGGAUGUGCCUCUUCAACCUGCCCGAGGUCAAGCAGGCCUUUGGGGGCCUGAAGUGUGGAAAUGGCUACGUGGAAGAGGGAGAAGAGUGUGACUGUGGGGAACCAGAGGAAUGUACCAAUCGCUGCUGUAACGCCAGCACCUGUACUCUGAAGCCGGAUGCUGUGUGCGCACACGGCCAGUGCUGCGAGGACUGCCGGCUGAAGCCUCCAGGAACUGCAUGCAGACCCUCCAGCAAUUCCUGUGACCUCCCAGAAUUCUGUACAGGGACUGCCCCGCACUGCCCAGCCAAUGUGUACCUUCAUGAUGGGCACCCGUGUCAGGGAGUGGAUGGUUACUGCUACAACGGCAUCUGCCAGACCCACGAGCAACAGUGUGUCACACUCUGGGGACCAGGUGCUAAACCAGCCCCUGGCAUCUGCUUUGAGAGAGUCAACUCCGCAGGGGAUCCUUAUGGCAACUGUGGCAAAGACUCCAAGAGCGCCUUCGUCAAAUGCGAGAUGAGAGAUGCCAAGUGUGGAAAAAUCCAGUGUCAAGGUGGCGCCAGUCGACCAGUCAUUGGUACCAAUGCCGUUUCCAUAGAAACAAAUAUCCCACAGCAGGAAGGAGGUCGGAUUCUGUGCCGGGGGACCCAUGUGUACUUGGGCGAUGACAUGCCAGACCCAGGGCUUGUGCUUUCAGGAACAAAGUGUGCAGAAGGAAAAAUCUGCCUCAAUCGUCGAUGUCAGAAUGUCAGUGUCUUUGGGGUCCACAAGUGUGCAAUGCAGUGUCAUGGCCGAGGGGUAUGUAACAACAGGAAGAAUUGCCACUGUGAGGCCCACUGGGCCCCUCCCUUCUGUGACAAGUUUGGCUUUGGAGGAAGCACAGAUAGUGGGCCCAUCCGGCAAGCAGAUAACCAGGGCUUGACGGUAGGAAUCCUGGUGAGCAUCCUGUGUCUGCUGGCCGCUGGGUUUGUGGUGUAUCUCAAAAGGAAGACCUUGGUGCGGCUGCUGUUCACACACAAGAAAACCACCAUAGAAAAGCUGAGGUGUGUGCAUCCUUCUCGGACACCCGGUGGUUCUCAUCUUGGCCAGGCUCACCCCACCCUCGGAAAAGGCCUGCUAAUGAGCCGGCCACCACAUUCCAACACCUCCAAGGACAGGCCGUCACUGCAAAGCCAAAAGAUUGACAUCAGCAGGCCCCUCAACACUCGAGCCGUCCCUCAUCCCCAGUCACCUCGGCGAGUGCUCCCACCUCUCCACCAGGCCCCACGUGCACCUAGCGGCCCUGCCAGGCCCCUGCCUGCCAAUCCUGCACUCAGGCAGGCCCAGGGCACCCACAAACCCAGCCCUCCUCAGAAGCCUCUGCCUGCUGAUCCAUUGAGCAGGGCAUCUCGGCUCACUAGUGCCUUGGUGAGGACCCCAGGGCAGCAAGAGCCUGGGUUCUGCCCAGCCCCAAACAGACCUGCUCCUAAGCACCAAGUGCCCAGAUCUUCCCACAAGGCCUACAUCAAGUGAUGAGCGAGCCCAGACUGGUCCUAACAGUGAGGACAGAAGUUUGCACUAUCUUCAACUCCCUCGGAGUGACUUCUUUCUAGACCAACUUUCAGAAUCUUCAAAGUGUUUAAAAUGCCAUUGUUUCCGGAACUUAGAGCUACUGCCGUCGGUGCUGUGCUGUGGUGCUUUGUGUCCUUGCUCAGGUACUUGUAAGUUAUUAAUUUAUGCAAAGUGUCUAUUACCGCGCAGGGCGCCGUAGCAGGCAUUUGUGCCAUCACGGGGUUUUCUACAGGAGGCUCCUUGUGCUUUCGUUCUUCUGGCGGACUUGAAUUAUCCUGCUUGAUGGGAUCCAAGACGAGAUGUUUACUUUCUGUUUGAGGCCUUAUUGGAAAACAGCUCCCCAGCUCCCCAAGGCUGUGUUACAGUACCAGACGCACAGCUCAGGAUACCCCAAGCAGAACCUGGAAUGAGGUUUUUUUAUUAUUAUUAUUUUCUUGGAAUCCCUCUCUUGGACUGCAGCCAGGGCCUUAAGAAAGGUCUUGGGCCCUACACACUGACAGGGAUUCAGGCUCUGUAGGUCUGCACCCUGAAGCUCUCAGACAGCUGGUAGGAUCUGGUUCUGGCCAGCAGCUUUGGAGAAAACCUAGAGUACUUAGCAAGAAGGCUGAGGUGUGGCCACACCAGGAUAGAGACUGGAACCCUAGUUCAGGCAGACAGCUGACUUUGAGCUGAGAGGCCAUGAACACCUUUGGAGGAAAAAGAAGUCUGUGAUGCCCCCCAAGGCUUUGCUCCCAGAGCCAGCAGGAGCUUCUCUCUGGCUGCCCUUGUGCACAGUGCUGGCAUGCAUGGGCAUGUUGUUUACAUUGGGAACAGUGGUGUUUCUGCGAGAAAGCCACUGCCCAGGCACUGCAGUCCUCUGUCUCCUGCCCUGCUCCGAGCUAAGCAAAUUGCCACAUUGUCUUCUUGACUGUAAUACAAUGACCCUGUGUUCUGACAGAUAGAGGCGGCUUUUCUAUGGGACCAUAAACAUUUUCAGAUGUGAGCCGGUAACCAGAUCUAGUCGAUCAACCCUGGAGAUAAAAAUCUCCUUUUUUACUGCAAGGCUCGACUUAUUAAAAAUUAGGCAGAAUCCAUAUGCUUGCAAAAGUUAUAACCACAUGGAAUGUAAUUCUCAUCGUACAGCCGUGUCUGCUGUCCUUAGUAGUCACGGGACAAAGAACCCAAAGUCACCCAUCUGCUCUCUUCAGGGCAUCCUGUCUUCUGCCACAUAGCAUCGCAGUCUUGCCCACACUAGGAACAUACCUGUUAACUCCUCAUAGGAUGACAGAGACAUCAGUUCCCCAAUGCUGAAGGCUCACGAAAGGCAGACUUAGCCAGGAAACCCUUCCAUCUUUCACUCUUUCAAUGCCUGGCUGGAAAGCCACCUUCAGGAACAGAUCUUUAAGAUGCCUCAAGCUAAUGUUGUGAAAGAUAUUUUUAAAAAUGCAAGGCAAGUUCCAGAGGCCAUCACUGUGUCCUGGCGAGGUGUGGGGUGACCAACUUUCCCAUUAGAAGGUAACUGACAUUGGUUCUGUAGCAUCUGAGUAUUUUAGGAUCAGGCUUCUUCUGGAAGGGUAAUAUCGAUGCUUGCCCUACGUCUAGAAGCCGAAGAGGAAAUACAGACUUAGAAUUUAUUUUGCUCUCCAGAAUUAAAAACUGUAUUCAGCCUUGGGAAACACACGGCCUUUGAAGACAGUGGAUAAAUAGAUCCACAUCACAGAUGCGCAAGCGAACACUCAUAGGCUGCCUCUUUUCACGGCACAGUGACAGUUUCUCGCCUGCCGGGACACGUGCAGAGUUUUUGCAACUGAUGUGAGGUUGGGCAGUUGUAUUAAGUCCAAACUUACACAACUGGAAAAGUUCCAGAGCUAUGUGAGCAUGGUCACACUCAAAGGUUUAGUUGGAACAGGUGAUGAGCCCACCCUUUGGGUGGAGUGAGAGGGAAGCUACAAACCCACAUUUCUUCUGUCAUUUCUGUACUUUGGCUUUGGAGUACCAGGGAGAGUUUGAUUUAAGUGAAGUUGGAACCACGCUCUUCUGUCAUCUCCCCAGUGGCUACCAAGGGUGCCAACGGUGCCAUCACAGCUGAGCGGUGCUGUCUGCUUGUUUUCCAGAGCUAUGCAUCCGUUUCUGGAUAAGAACAUUGUUAAUCCUGAUAUUCCCUUAUAGGACAGACAGUAUUAUUAAAAAAAAAUACCUCUAAGAUACAGUAGUUAUCAAAUAAAGCAUAUUUAGCAAUAACCUCAAUUUUAACAACACUUAGGAACCAAUAAGCAACAUCGGGGUUUAUUGAGAGAGCAUAGUUUGUCUCUCCCUUUCCACAGCCUUUAAAUGACAGAGACCAAAAUGAAUACUCGCAGUUCAAUUGCAGUCUAUCUUAUGCUUAAACACACUGUACACAUGAUUAGUCUGUUGAGUUUUCUGAGACCAUCCCUGAGAAAGUCCGGUAGAGUGGUCCAGUACCCAGACAUGAGGCAUGGCCGGAUGUCCUCAUGUCCUUCCUGCACCAAGGUGAUGUGACCCCCACUUUAGGGAGGAGUUGAACCUUGCUGGCAUUCCACUUAAGAGCUGGUCUCCUACAGUAUUCCCAAGUCUGCUUUUCCAGUACGUGGGAUCAGAUGAAGAGCAACAAUGCAUUUUUCCAUUUCAAAAUAUGCAUGCCGAGUUUGCGCUCUCUGUGUGAGCGUUUCCAGCUCACACAUGUGGGAUGACAUCACAGAAACCACACAAGCAACAAAUUAAACUCGACGGGAAGAAAUACUCCUGACUGGUCUCUGAGGAGACGUUUUUAUGCCUUCUUAACUUUAUUAGGAAUUCUCAGACUGAAGCUCUGGGUCAUUGUUCUCCAACAAAUCAAUACAACCCAUCAAUGCAUUCCCUAGGAACUGCCAAAGCCUCGGCUGUGUCUGAACGUUCUUAGGAGCCUGUGAUCCCCAUGGUGCUACAAAGAGGCUGGAGCUGGGCCAAUGAGAAGGCCUGAGCAUCCUCCUGCCUCUCCGCAGAUGUUUACUGAGCACUCUGAGCCAGCGCCACCCUGACAACCGGGAGGACCAUGGCUGGGCAGCAGGGCGCCUGGCCACUAGCAGCUCUUUCCUCUGAGGCUUGCUUCAUGUUUUAAUUCUCUUAGAUCAGGCCCUAGCCCAGGGACACUUAGUCUACAGAUCCUCCCCCACUGUUCUCAGAUGCCCUCGGUCAUACACAAAUGACCGAGACUAAGAGACACCAACAGGCCCAGAAGCCCCCCAGAACCAAGAGCUGGGUGUUUUGAGCAGUAUGGCAAGUGGGCAAGGAUACUGGGAGGUCGUUUAUUCUCUCGUCCACUCCUACUUCCGCCACACAACUCAGCAGUGGCUCCAUCACACAAAGUACACAGGAAAACACAGGCACCAAUUUGUCUUCCUCUCUUGCCAAUCACAAGUGCCUUACUCUGGGCAGACCCCAUGCCAAAGCCUCCCUCAUCCAAGACAGCCAAGUCUCUACCUUUGUCACCACUUCAAGCCAAAGUGGCAGUGUGUGGCUACCCUUCAAGGUUCACCUACCAGACAGUCCAGUCCAGCUUUCUCCAGAGUCAUAGCAUAGAGCUGCCCCCCCCCAGCACACACCAGGCUUGAACCUAUCCCACAGCAUAUCAACCACAGUGACCUCUCUCCUAGUGCCUUGCUCUAAUUAGAAGGUAGAGUUGGCCAUAGAAAAUCAAGUUAGCACUGACUACAAAAUGCUGUUGCUGCAACUUGAAUUUCCCACUGGCAUCUCUUGCUUUUAAACUCUAAUGAAGUAAGUAAAUCUCCCAGAUCUGUGAGCCCCAUACUCAGGACCACUGGGCAGUGUCAACCCUUGCAGGGGACAUUAGUGCAGACAUGAACGGACCAUUUCUGUGCCUUUUGUGUAGAACAACAUACAAGCAUACAUUCUCUCUCUCUCACUCAUACACAUACACAUACAUACACACACACACACACACACACACACUUACAUACUUACAUUAGGGAAAUAGAAGUUUAUUGUCAAGCCAUUGCAAGCUUUUCUCAUAUGAGAGAAACUAGGAAAAGAAACAGCAUUAGGAAAUUGUUGGGAUGCUCGAUAAUGGGUAGAGAUUGGCGGGAGGCCUAACACUCAUCAACUGGAAAGUGAUUUGGCCCCUGCCACCCACCUGCCUUCUAUACCUUCAAAGAUUAUGUUCUGUGUUAUCUGUAAUUCUCCAAGAAAGUAACAUUUUAGUUCCUAAUUUAGCACAUUUAAAUCGAGACAGAUUCAGUAUCAUGUGACUUCCUUGCAAACAAGUCAAAUGCUGGGUUAUCUUACCUGGCCUGUACAUUGGUACUUCAUAAGGCAGUGACUGGAAAACACACACACACAAAUUUCGUGAGACUCCAAGGCAGAAUUCUUGGAACUAACAGUCCUCCUAUCAGGGCAAUUUGGUAAUGGUUGGAAAGUCAGCCAUCUGUAUGCGGCAACAACCAAUGUAACUCUUACCACAAGCUGCUUAGCUCCUUUCUGAUUAAUCAUACAUCUCGGGUAACCCACACAGUUGUUCUGCAGGGCUUCAUCCAUUGAUAGCGCUUUGAUAAACUCAUUUUUCACCUUUGUAUGUUACAUGUGGUUAUUUUUGUACGCAUUUCUCAUAUGGGGGAUCUACAAGUAAAUACAGCCUACUAGUUCAGUAGAAAAUGUCAUUGUUAAGAAUAUUAUACCCAAUAAACAGUAAACAGAUAA